AGUCGGGUUAGUUGCAUGAGGUAGCCGCGAAAUAAUUAGUGGCUCACAGUGACAAAGAUGGCUUCUGCAGAAGUUUGUGCUGCUGGUAAGGUGGAGAAUCAGAUGAGGACACUGAAAUUGGCAGGACACGUAGGCUUCGACAGCCUUCCAGAUCAGUUGGUGAACAAGAGUGUCCAGAAUGGAUUUGUGUUCAAUAUCAUGUGCAUCGGCGAGACGGGAUUGGGAAAAUCAACUUUGAUGGAUACUCUCUUCAAUACUAACUUUGAGUCAUCUCCGAGUCCUCAUUCCCUUCCCAAUGUUAAGCUAAAGUCCAACACCUACGAACUGCAAGAGAGCAACGUCAAAUUGAAGCUUACAAUUUGUGACACAGUUGGAUAUGGUGACCAAAUCAACAAAGAUGACUCUUUUAAAGCUGUUGUGGACUACAUUGAUGCCCAGUUUGAGGCUCAUCUUCAGGAAGAGCUGAAGAUCAAACGAUCCUUGUCUACUUAUCACGAUGCUCGCAUUCAUGCUUGUCUGUAUUUUAUUUGUCCAACAGGACAUGGCUUGAAAUCAAUUGAUUUGGUUUGCAUGAAGAAGCUCGACACAAAAGUCAACAUAAUACCUAUAAUUGCAAAAGCUGAUUCAGUGUCUAAGGCUGAGCUUCAGAAGUUUAAAACGAAAAUCAUUGAGGAACUUCAGGCAAAUGGAGUGCACAUUUAUCAGUUCCCUACAGAUGAUGAGUCUGUGGCUGAAGUGAAUACAUCGAUGAAUGCUCAUGUUCCAUUUGCCGUUGUGGGCAGCACAGAAUUUAUUCGGAUUGGAAAUAAGCAAAUCCGUGCCCGUCAGUAUAUCUGGGGUUCUGUGCAAGUUGAGAAUGAGUCUCACUGUGACUUUGUGAAGUUGCGUGAGAUGCUGAUACGGACAAAUAUGGAGGAUAUGCGUGAGAAGACCCAUACGCGUCACUAUGAAUUGUACAGGCAGAAACGGCUGGAACAGAUGGGAUUUACUGAUGUGGACAGUGACAAUAAGCCGGUGUCCUUUCAGCAGACUUUUGAGGCUAAGCGCUCCAAUCACUUGGCGGAGUUGCAACAGAAGGAGGAUGAGAUGAGGCAGAUGUUUGUUGUGCGUGUCAAGGAGAAGGAGGCUGAGCUCAAGGACAGUGAGAAGGAUUUACAUGCUAAAUUUGAUAAAUUAAAGAAAGAUCAUGCUGAGGAAAAGAGAAAGCUUGAAGAAUCUCGCAAGAAGUUGGAGGAGGAAUUUGUUGAAUUCAGUCGACGUAAGGCUCAACUCACAGCUUCGCAUCAUACUUUAACUCUGGGCAAAAGCAAAAAGAAAUAAUUUCUCAUCCUGAGACAAUUCUUUCCCUUCUCAAAAAAUGCAUUUCGUAUUUUAUAUACAUUUAUUAAUUCAGUUAUUAUUUCCCAACAAGCUAAAUAUGCCUAACAUUUUAUGAAAUAAGCAUAUUUCUGCUUAUUUUCCAUUUUAAAUGAAAAGAAAAAAGAAACAAAAUAUAUACAUUAAGAGUUUGUGGUCGUGGAAAUUUAUUCACUUGUCCUAAAUUAUUUUUGAAAAAAAAACAGAUUUUUUAUCAAAGAAAUUGUAGUAUCAUAAUUUUAAUUAUUAUAAAAAGCUGCUUUUUUAAUGUGUAAUCGAAGAGAAAUGUUCUUGAAAUAAAUAUAAAAAUUUUCAAAGUAUAAAA